CAUCUGGUUGGUCUGACUCUGAUUAGUCUCCCUCCCCCUCGUACCACUAGUCGUAUAAUUGUUUCCAACCUGCGGGCGGGCUACAGGAGAAAUCUACAUAGAGUAACUCAAGCCCCCAACCACCUCCCUCCCUCGCUUCUUCCCCCGUCCCGGCCCCUACCUAUCCAUUUCCUCUGCCUGUCGUGUGCCGCCGCCGCUCGCUCGCCGCCGAUCUGACUCGACUCACCCGGGAAGAACACACCAAGCAAGCGUGCCCGGCCGUUGUCGUCUACAGUCGCCUACCUUGUACAACUAAUUCUUUAUCAGCAACUCCUUACUUUGUACUACUCCUAGUAUUUGUUUAUUUGCCAACUUCUCAAGCCCUCUGGUAUACAUGUGUCCUUAACAAGCCGCCACCCGAUCCAUUUCUGCGCCGCGCCUUCUCAUGCCGCACCUUAGCUAGCUAGCCGCUAAUACUUACUUACUUUUUUUGUGGCACUUCUUCCGAUCUGAGAUCCAGACUCACCUGCAACCUGGAGCAAAGCUUCUUGCGCUUUUGUGUCUUUUCUUACCCGGCAGGUGCUUCCACGGUAGAUUUGAGGUUAAUUGCAGUUUUGUGUUUGUUUUAUCCGUGAGGUGUCGAUUUGAGGUUCAUUCUCAUGCCCAUCCCUCCCCUCCUGAUUUGAGGCUGUCAUGAAUUUAAGCCCAACUUGGCCUCUCCUCAACUUUCACUUCUUAUAAAAUCUCAGUCCAAUUUGGCCUCUGUUGCACUUUUCAGUUUUUAUAACAUUUCUUUAUUUUUAGGCAAGUGUUUUUUUCUUUAAGAAAUUCGUUCCAACUUGGCCUCACCUGCACUUCCAGUUUUCAUAAAAUUGUCAUACUUGAGCUGUGUGACAAGGUUUUGUCCCCUGAAAUAUGUUCAUGCAGAGUAAGAGCGCCGCGCCGCCUUUGCUGAAUGUUCCUCGGAGUUUGACAAGCCUGCCUGCCACCAUACCAACUGAGUAUAAUGAGCUGGUGUUGCCUCCCAAGAGCCAAGAAACAACAACAGGAGAAGAAUCUCUACUUCCAUAGGCAACAGGAGAAUCUUAACUCUCAGGCCAGCAUAAGCGGCAUUUCAGCUGAGAAGAACAUAAGGCUCUUCUCCUAUGCUCAGCUGAAAUCAGCAACCGACAACUUCGACCGCAACAACAAAGUCGGCCGAGGUGGUUUCGGGACAGUAUAUAAGGGAACCCUACCAAACAAGCAAGAUGUCGCGGUCAAAGUUCUCUCUGCCGAAUCCAGGCAGGGCAUCAGAGAAUUCUUGACAGAAAUCGACGUUAUCAGCAACGUGAAGCACCCUAACCUUGUUGAAUUGAUCGGCUGUUGCGUCGAAGAAGAAAAUCGCAUUUUGGUGUAUGAGUACCUGGAGAACAGCAGCCUCGACCGUGCACUCUUGGCUUCUAACAGUGAUCCGGCCAAUUUUACUUGGAGCAUAAGGUCUUCCAUAUGCAUCGGUGUUGCCAGAGGUCUUGCGUACCUGCAUGAAGAGAUCCCGUCACCGAUCGUGCACAGAGAUAUCAAGGCUAGCAAUAUUCUUAUCGACAAAAAUUACGUCCCCAAGAUCGGGGACUUUGGUCUGGCCAAACUAUUUCCAGACAAUAUCACCCACAUCAGUACCCGAGUAGCUGGAACAACAGGUUACCUUGCACCUGAAUAUGCAUGGCAUGGCCAAUUGACUAAGAAAGCAGAUAUAUACAGCUUCGGGGUCCUUGUAAUCGAGAUCAUCAGCGGCAAGAGUGGCUCGAGGAGCCUGCUGGCUGAUGAUAAGUUUCUUCUAGAGAAGACUUGGGAGCUGUAUGAAGCAGGGAACCUCAAGGAACUGGUUGAUCCAGACCUUGGGGAUUACCCUGAUGAGGAGGCCAUCAGGUACAUCAAGGUGGCCCUCUUCUGCACGCAGGCGGCGGCGGCGCGCCGCCCGUCGAUGCUGCAGGUGGUGAAGAUGCUGUCCAAGCCCAUCCGGAUCAACGAGAGGGAGCUGACAGCGCCGGGGUACAUCAGUGAGUACAAUAGUGGUGUCUCCAAGGCGACGGCCUCCAGCGACUCGAGGUUCAAGAACUCGACCACGGCAGACGAUUCCGACAUGUUCAGCACGGUUGUGCCGCAGACGGUGACCGACAUCAGCCCUAGGUGAAACAAGGCGCCAGGGAGGGUGGUCUGCUUUGUUCAGUUACAUUAUUAUGUAGGGUGACAGUACCAUAGAGGGCAGCACAUACUUAGAUAUGCACUGUUUCUGCUCCUGAGUGUGUUUGUGUCAAUGCGGCAAGUAGAAGCUGUAAAUAAUAGACUAGUGAUUCAUGCCAGGGCAAUGUAAAAUUGCUGCUUGUUUGGACAGCAUGAAGUGAAGUAGUUGAAUAGCAUUUGCAGAGUCAUCAA